UGCAACAUUUCUGACAGGAUGGUCCGACGUUGAGUCAAUAUCCAUUCAUAAAUAAGACAUGGAUCGAGGAAGUAUAGUUUAAUCAUUUCAGGACUAAUGUGUUAACGUAUUUAGCGAUCAACCGCAAGAGAGGCCGAGCAAGAAGACAGAUUUCAUCCCGGUCGAGCUCGACUUUGGGCGAUGUGAGGAGAACGCAAAAGUGACUUCCGACUACAGUGACCCUCCUGCAGCUGUGAUGACUUUAUAUGCCUUCCACCAGGAAGGUGUUUAGUUUGUGUGUUCAGAACAUUUUUGCAGCAGAAACCUUCUCUUGUUCUCUCUAUGCCAUCCUAUGAAAGGUUUUUAGUUUCUGAACACUAGUCAAAUCCUGCCGUUACCCUAAAUGAUCCGACGUUUUCAAUGUCUGUCGCCGCCGCCUCCAACUGUCUCAUUUUAUUAAAAGUAGAUUUUAAUUACUGAAAUGCCACUGGUACGGCGAUAGUUACGAUGGCAACUAAAGAAGAUAUUUACACAAAAGUCACCCCAAGGAGGCAGCGCCAGAACCGACCAGGCACAGUAAAACAUGGGUCCAGUCUAGACGUGCUGCUGUCCAUGGGAUUCCCCAAAACCAGGGCACUAAAAGCUCUAGUGUCUACGGGUGGCAGAAAUUUGCAGGCAGCCUGUGAUUGGCUGUUCUCCCAUGUGGACGACCCUUUUCUGGAUGACCCGCUUCCCAGGGAGUAUGUUCUGUACCUUCGCCCCAGUGGGCCCUUACUGCACCAGCUGAGCACCUUCUGGCAGCAGUCACGGGUCACAUGCGGCAAGAACAAAGCCCACAACAUCUUCCCUCACAUAACCCUCUGCCAGUUUUUUAUGUGCGAGGACAGCAAGGUGGAGGCCCUAAACGAGGCCCUACAGACCACGGUGGGGUCAUGGAGGGGCCGUUUUCCAAACCCACUCCCUCUGGAGCUCUACACUUCCUCCAACUUCAUAGGACUUUUUGUGGAGGAGCAGGUGGCCGAAGUGAUCAAGAAUUUUGCCGCCGAGUUCGCUGCGGUGGCGGCAGCCAAAGCAGAUGUGCAUGUGGAACCCCACAAGAAGCAACUCCACGUGACCCUGGCCUACCACUUCCAGACCAAUCACCUGGCUGCGCUGGAGAAGCUGGCCAAGGGCGUGGACGUGUCGGUGGGCUGUGAUUGGCUGGCCGUGCUCUUCUCCCGAGACAUCCGAUUUGCCAACCAUGAGACACUGAAGGUGAUGUACCCAUACAUGCCUCAGAACGAGGAUGAGCUGGAGCUGGUGCCGGGGGACUUCAUCUUUAUGUCCCCUGUGGAGCAGGGUAGUGCCAGUGAAGGCUGGGUCUAUGGUACUUCUCUGGGCACGGGGCUUUCCGGGCUGCUCCCUGAGAACUACGUUGGUCGGGCAGACGAGUGUGACACUUGGGUCUUCCAUGGGUCUCACUCUUUCCUUAACCCCACUUCCCACUCGAUUGUCGGGGGAGCUGUGGGUGGGCUCUUGUUUGAUGGACAGCUGGACGGUCGUUUCCUUGACGACACUGGAGAUUCAUCCAGCCUCAAUGCAAUGUGUCCACCUGUCCAGAUGCAGAGGCCUAGCGUUCAGUCCUGUCUUCCCAAGAGGAGUCUGUUUGUGUGUCGCCACGGCGAGAGGAUGGACGUGGUGUUUGGCAAACACUGGAUCACUCAGUGUUUUGAUCCUAAAGGGCGAUAUUUCCGCUCCAACCUAAAUAUGCUGCCUACUUUGCCAGCGAGAACUGGCGGGUUCCGCGACUAUGACAAAGACUGUCCAAUCACAGUGUUCGGCUCCACUCAAGCCCGCCUUGUUGGAGAAGCCCUGCUGGACAGCCACACCACGAUCAACUUUGUGUACUGCUCUCCCUCGCUGCGCUGUGUCCAGACGGCCCACAACAUCCUGCGAGGUUUGCAGCAGGAGGGGAAGACUAAGAUCCGUGUAGAGCCAGGUCUGUUUGAGUGGACAAAGUGGGUGUCUGGCACUUCCCUCCCAGCCUGGAUAUCCCCCACGGACCUGGCCGCUGCUAGUCUGAGUGUGGACACAGCCUACAGACCACAUAUUCCCGUCAGUAAGCUGACUGUGUCCGAGUCCUAUGACACUUACAUCAGCCGGAGCUUCCAGGUCACUAAGGAGAUUCUGAGCGAUUGCAAAACCCUGGGAAACACAGUGCUGAUCGUGGCCCACGCAUCCUCCUUGGAGGCCUGUACACGCCAGAUGCAGGGCCUGAGCCCACAGAACUCCAAGGACUUUGUACAAGUGGUUCGGAAGAUUCCGUACCUGGGUUUCUGCGCAGCAGAAGAGAUAGGAGAGACGGGGGUUUGGCAGCUAGUGGACCCGCCCAUCCUUCCAUUAACCCACGGGCCCAAUCACAGCUUCAACUGGAGGGAGACUCUACAGCAGGACUAAGGGAAGUCCCGCCCCCCCUCCUCCCAGCAGCCCCUGAGAGAUACUGCUGAGCUGCGACGGAUUGCAGUCAACGCAAGCACAAAGCAAACAUUUCCUCCGCUGUGUAAUGCUCACAAACACACACCGCUAUAAAAACAGACCGAAAAGACCUCGCUUCCGCUGCAGCCGAUGCCUAUAUGUAUUGCAGCAUUGAAUUACUGUGUGCGAGUGUGUGUAUGUGUAUGUGUGUAUAUAUAUAUACACAAACACAUACAUACACGUGUGUGAGUGUGUGUAUAAUUGAUACAUUUAUAUCACAUAUUGAUAUAAUUUAUAUUACAGUGGUGUGCUUCAAUGUACUGUUUUUCGGGAUUGAGGUUGGUAGGUCUACCAGAACACAAAGGAUCUUCAGGUUUGGACUGAAACAGGACAGCCAUAUCCCUGCAAGUCACUUUCCUUUUGCCUUGCUGAAUGUGAGGAACGUUUCAAGAAAACGUGAUAUGUCUGACCGAGUUCUUGGCUGCCAACUAAUCCAGAUUGCCAUUUGAGCCAGAUGUUUCAGUCAGUGCUACCCAGGGUCUCUACCCAGCUGUGCUCCGGUACAUCAUGGAGAAAAAAAGAACAUGGCUGCUUUCUCAUACACUGUGACAAAGAGACACAAUGUUGUCUACUAGAAUCUUCCAUGGCUCUAAAAAUGUGAAGUUAAACAUACUCUGUCAUUCCACCCACUGCGUGACCUCGCUCUCAAAAAAGCACAAAUCUAGACCUGACCGGUGACAAUCAGAUAAGGGAGCAGUCGCUUUUAGCUUUAGCAUCGAGUUGGAUUGUUUAAACCAUCCCUAAUCACCUCUGACUUAGCCGUGAAGUUCUUAGUUUAAAAGCAGUCUUUUUGGAAAGGGUUAAACCCUUUAAAUGGGUUUAACAUGUAUGUUUGUUUUUUUUUUGCUUGGCUUAAAUCAAUAAAGUGGCCAUAUAUUUAUUA